AGAGAGAGAGAGAGAGAGAGAGGAGAGGAGAUAAUUUCUUGAGAGAGAGAAAAUGAAGGAUGAAGAGGUAGAGAAGCUAAGGGGAGUGGUGAGGGACUGUGUCAGCAAGCACCUCUACUCCUCUGCCAUUUUCUUCGCGGACAAAGUUGCUGCUUUCACAGGAGACACGGCUGAUAUAUACAUGCAGGCUCAGGCUCUCUUCCUAGGCCAUCACUAUCGCAGAGCCCUCCACCUCCUCACCUCCUCCAAGAUCAUAUUCCGAGACCUCCGCUUCCGAUACCUUGCUGCCAAGUGCCUCGAAGAGUUGAAGGAGUGGCAGCAAUGUCUAGUGAUGCUCGGGGAUGCAAAAGUUGAUGAACAUGGAAAUGUCCAUUCCUUGAAGGACUCAAACAUUGCUUACCUUGAUAAAGAUGGAGAGGAUCGUGAAAUCAAUAUCUCUGCUGCUAUAUGCUUUUUACGUGGCAAGGCACAUGAAGCUUUAGAGAAUCGUUCUCAAGCUCUACAAUGGUACAAAGCUGCUAUCAAGGCAGAUCCUUAUUGUUAUGAGGCUCUAGAGUGUCUGAUUGACAAUCACAUGCUGUCAUUUGAGGAAGAAGUCAAUCUUUUGUCAACAUUGCAGUUUGCUCCGGAGGAUGGAUGGCUCUCUGUAUUCUAUUCUUGUUUAAUAAAAAAGUAUGAUAAAGAAUAUGUUGUAGAAGCAAGGUUCACAGAGCUAGAAAGAGAGCCAUGUGUUUCGAAAUCAUCUGAAGUCUCCGUUAGUGGCACUCUUAAAGACAAUACAGAUCUGUUGGCCUGCAAAGCAGAGUACUACCAUCAAUGUGGAGAGUAUCAGAAAUGCUUUGAGUUGACUACAAUGCUUCUUGAAAGAGAUCCUUUUCAUCUGAAAUGUACGUUAGUGCAUAUAGCCGCUGCAAUGGAGCUUGGCCAUGCAAAUGAACUCUAUCUGAUGGCUUGUAGUUUGGUGAAAGAUUAUCCUCAAAACUGUCCCUCAAGGUGCCCCCAACCCCAGCGGCAGCAGGCUUUCCUUUGGUACUUGAAUCAAAAUUCAAUAGCCUUGUCAUGGUUUGCAGUCGGCUGCUACUACUAUUGCAUUAAGAAGCUUGAUCAGUCACGGCGUUUUUUCUGCAAGGCCACAACUCUAGAUGGGACUUUUUCUUCUGCCUGGAUAGGAUUUGGAAAUGCUUAUUCUGUACGAGAAGAAGGCGAUCAGGCAAUGGCUUCCUUCCGCACGGCUGCUCGCUUAUUCCCAGGGUGUCAUUUGCCUAUGCUCUAUAUUGGAAUGGAGUACAUGCGUACACAUAACUUUAAACUUGCAGAACAGUUUUUUAUGCAGGCAGAAGCAAUUUGCCCUGUGGAUCCUCUAGUGUACAAUGAACUUGGUGUUGUUGCUUAUCAUACCAAAGAGUAUCAAAAAGCAGUGAGAUGGUUUGAGAAGACACUAUCUCUUGUACCCUCUACAGUAAAUGAAAGAUGGGAGCCAACCUUGGCAAAUCUUGCUCAUGCACUUAGGAAGCUUAAGCGAUACCAAGAAGCAAUUUCUUAUUAUGAUAAAGCACUUGCGCUUUCUACCAGAAGUUUAAGCACUUAUGCAGGUCUGGCCUACACCUACCAUCUACAGGAUAAUUUGGAUGCUGCAAUUACCUAUUAUCACAAGGCUUUAGGGUUGAAACCGGAUGAUCAGUUUUGCACAGAGAUGUUAACAAUUGCACUAGCUGAUGAAUGCACUCGUGGUGAUAAUCCUGUUUAAAUGGAAUGAUAUCUUCCUAAUUUUUAUUGGUAGUUGAGAUGAUGUUUAAUGCAGUCACUAUCUGAAGUGUAUUAUUUUGUCUUCAUCUCUAAGCUGGGUGCUUCAAAGUGUAUGUCCAUCUCCAAAGGUUAUAUCUAAGUUUUGUACAUAACAUUGCUGUUUUAGUCCUCAAAUCUUUAGACUAAAGUAUGGGCUUGAAAAUAUGACGAAUUUUGCAACUAAUUAGGAUUUGGGUAUUAUUUAAUGUCCAAGGAGUGUAUUUUUCA